CAGAAGAUGUCGAGCUUCGGAUGCUUCAGGUGCGGCGAGGACGAUCAUAGAGUCGCCAAUUGCCCACAAGCCAACAAGAGGUGUUUCGCCUGCAAGUCCGAGGACCACCAGCUCAAAGACUGCCCAGUUCCAGAGGGCGACAGGCUUCCCUUGGCAGCCAAGUUUGCCAAUUUUGAGCCUCCAGUACCAGCACGCGCGAAGCGUUGCUACAAGUGUGCCUCAAAGGACCACUUGGCCAGUGUAUGCACUGAGCCCGAGCGACUGUGCUUCAACUGCAAGCAGGCCGGUCACGAGUCGCGAGACUGUCCAGAGCCGAAGCAAGAGCAGCAAGAGCGACAGCAGCAGUCGGAGAAGCCUCGGCAGCGUAAGGAGGCCAAGAAGGUCGUGUGCUACAAGUGUAACGGUGCCAACCACUUUGCGCGUAUGUGACAUUCCCCUCUGAUAUGAGAUCAUACUAAUGCCCUUUAGGUGAUUGCACAGCUGAAGGUGAGGCUGUUCAGCAGCUGUGCUAUGGUUGUCAGCAACCAGGCCACAAGCGAGCGGAAUGCCCUCAAGCCAUUG